CUCGUACACCGAAAGAUGUGGAGUCUGCGAUGCUCGCGGAUCGCGAGCCACCGCCCUCCGAUUUUGAAUAUCCAGAGAAAUUUGAGAAGAGCGAUUCGGAUACCUCAACCGAUAUAGAUGCGAUAGUCGAUGAAUAUCGACAAAAAAUUAAGGUCACAACCGCUGGUCCCAUGGAAAUGAGUGUGCGUUUACCAACUCUGAAAUCUUGGCGAAUAAUCAUGUUCAGCAUUUUUACUAUAGUUUCAUUUGUCGUAUGUGUCAACAUCAGUAGCGCGGUUGAGCAUCCGUACACAUUUUUAACAUACAUUGCUGGUUGCAUAAUAAUCAGUUCUAUGAUGUCCCUUUUCCCGAGCUAUCGUAACGGUGCCGUAAACGUUAACCCGUUACUUUGUACUACCACUAUCAUGCUGGGUGGGAUACUCCUCAGCGGCUGCUCAUAUUAUUCAUGGCCGGCGAUACUCUUUUGGCUAAUCGCUGGUCUAGCUUUGAUGUUGCGAUGUGAUAAUUGGUGCUGUGGCUGUUUCGAGUACAGUGGUGGCACAAUACAAGAACAGCUUAUACCGAACGUUCCGCCCAAAACGGCAACGAAAGCAACAACCAUACAUAUACCUCAUCUGCCGAAGAGGGUCGUUACCAUACCAACUCGUGUAAAUGCAGCAGCCAGAUGACAAUCAGCAGCGUCCUCGGAAAGCGAAGAUCUCUUCAAUGAGGAUUUCAGUUUAUGCGAUUUCAAAGAGGAUCGAAACGACGAUGAUGACGAUUGCUGGAGUGAAUAAGUAGAAGCACGGAGAGAAGCAAGGGAGGAGAAGAGUUUGUAUGUACAUAUGUACAUAAAAGCAGUGAUCAAACAAUCGAGUACCUAUAGGAAGGCGUACUUUGGAGGAAAUGUCGUGCCGUAUUCAUUAGCCAUAGUCAUUGCCAUUGCGUAGUCUACGCAAAUGCUGAUUGCUUGCCUGCAACUAGACGUUGGAAGAAGGCGUAUUUUUUCUAUAGAAACGGGUUAAACAGAGCUUCUUACCUCAAGUGUACAGUCAUUUUACGUAGUUUAUUGUAUAGGCAUAUAUUUAAAUAUACAUACAUACAUACAUACAUAUGUACAUGUGUGUGUAUGUCUUACGUAUUUGCGGCGCUUAAUUCUUCUAGCCUUUAGAACUUUUUAGAUAGUUACCCAAAUAGAAUAAUAACACCGUGCGACAAAAACAAAAAAUUUCAAAACACACUAAGGAAUCGAUAUACUCACGA